AUGCCGCACACCGACUCGUCAACCACGGUUCCAGCUGGAGAAGCACUGCUUGCAGGGCUGACUGCCAUCACAUGGGAAUGGAGUUGGAAACGGACAGCAGAGUCGACACCGUGUUGGGGGUGGGCCAGCACUCCAUCCGAGAACCACGAGCCCCGACAUUGGCAGAAGCAAAACGCAGCCACAAAAGCAGAGGCGCCAGGACUUGGUCUAGCAAUGCACGUAUUGCUGGAUUCGAUUGUCCGCUUCAGAGUAUCCGCUCUUCGGCACCAGCCUGCCCUCUAUCUGGUACGGCUGUAUCCGCUGCAUCAGUUGUGGCCCGACCGGAAGGCUCGAUACACUGCAGUCACCGCCAUGUCAAAUGAGACACCGAGGACGCCAGGGGCAAUCGAGAAGGCAUCACAAGGCGGUUGCGGAAAGGGCUGA